AUGGGUAAAUCUAAGAAGAGAUCAAGAGCAUCUGCAGCUCGUUUGAAUCCGUUAGCAGGAAGAACGGCCGCGAACAGAAGUCUGGUUAAGAAGCUAGAUCCGCUUUUGUCGCAGUUGUCUAAUGGUACUCCCAAUGAAAAGGCAAUGGCGUUAGCUUCCAUCAGUGUCAUAUGUGAGGAUCCUACAGCUAGAUCUGAACUUUUAAGGCAGAAAUUGGUCCAUGUAGUGUUGUCACAAUUAAUCAAUGAUGAAAAUACCGAUAUAGUUGUGGAAUCGUUUGGAUUACUGAGAAAUCUGUCAUUGGAGGAAGGUUAUGACGUUUCUACCAAUCUUUGGAGGUCAGGAAUUUGGUCUAACAUUGUAAAAGGAUUCCAACAACUGCAGCAAUCUUUGCCAAAAUGUGAAGAGGCACCUUUGGAGAGUCGGAGAAGCUUGUUUGAUUAUGCAGAUAAUUUACUAUCACUAGUGGUUGCAUUAGCUAAUGGAUCUGAUGCGAUUUUGGCACAAGUUUUGAAAGAGGAUAAAUUACAAACGAUCUUCCAAGUGAUUCAUUCUUUCUUACAAUAUGGUUUGGAUAAAUUACCAUUGGUACUAUUGAACACCAUAUUGGAUCUGUUGUACGACUUUAGUAGUGAAUCGUUUGAAUUUAUUGAAUAUGUUAUGCAAGAUCAAGAACUAGCGGCAUUUGUACAAAACUUAGAUCAAUCUUCAAGGGGUAACGAAUUGACUAAAGUACUUGUACAAGGUAUUAGCUUACAAUUUGCUGAUAUGGACAUGAGUUACGAAAAGGCAGAUUCCAUCAUUCAUAACGUUUGUUCAUCUGUACAGCAUAUCAAUUGGCAAGAACUACAAGUCGAUGUGGAACCAUUAAAUGAUCAGGAAAUGGUGAAUCAAGAACCUAAUCUUGUGGCUCAAAAGAUUAAAGAUUAUACAAGUAAACGUUCAGCAUCGUUAAUGAAACUACAAAGUAUAGAAAUUGCUGUUGAUCUUUUAACGGCCACCACAGAGAUGGUAGCUUCGUUAUAUGAAGAAACUCAGAAAAAAUUACCUGAGUCAUUGUCAGAGACUUUAACCAAAUUUAUACCACCAAUCCUAACAAAUUUACAACCACAUUUAACUUCACGUAUUCUCAUAUCAUGGAAUAACUUACUUUGGUUGUACAUUACGUUAGGUGUUAAUUUUUUCCAACUGUCCGAUGAAUUGAGCUCUAACCUUUGGCAAUUCAUUAGUUCAUUGCCUCAAGAUGAUCAAGUUGAUAUUCAGUUGGGUAAAUGGAGUGUAGUUUGGGUUUUGUUAAAGACAAUAGCAUUGCAACAGGAUUCAAAUCACUGGUUAACUGGAUUCCAAUUGCAAAAUAACGUUCAAUUUGUUCAAAACGUAAUUUCAGUGUACAACAAGUGGUUGGAAAGUAAUAACGUCGAAUUAUGCGAAAAAUUGAUUGGAGUUUUAAGCACUUUAGCCAGCUUCCAAGGUCAAAUUGAAAUUAACAGAAUUGUUGGUCAGUUCAUUUUGGAACAGCUAGUUUCCGAACGUACUCCACCACUACUUUUAGUAGACUUGACUUCAUCGCUUUUUGAAAUAUAUGCAGAUGCAAGUUUUGAUUAUGAUGAGCCAGUCUACGUCAAAGAUGGAUUCCAAUCGAUUAUCACAUCAAAAGUUGUCCCACAUCUAAGGCAAACCUUCAAGUUAGUUGAUCGUAAUAAGGAUGCUUUGUUGAAGGAAAGAUGUACAGAAUGUUUCAACAUUCUUGAUAGUUUUAUUCACUACAAGCAAAACGAAAGAGAAUAA